AUGACAGCCACAACCGGGGCUUCCACGCCUCACAGCAAGCAGGAAUUUGGAAUAGCCUCAACAGCCGCCAGCUUGAAAGACGCCACUAGAGAAGAACAUCCUUCAGACAGGCCUGCGUCAAAUAUGAACCAUGAUAUCAGUGCACUCGCUCGCCAGCUCUCACGGGUUUCCACCACAGCCGACGCCGAACUACACGCCUUCUCACCAAGACCCGGCACCAAACUAGACCCUAGCUCAUCCAGUUUCGAUGCACGGGCAUGGGUGAAAGCCUUUGUCAAGCUCGUCGAGGCAGAAGAUGGUUCAGCGCCACCGCGAAGUCUUGGUGUGGCUUUCAAGGACCUCAAUGUCUAUGGAUGGGGUACCGGCGCAGAACAUCAAAAGACGUUUGUGGAUUAUCCGGUAGAUGCUGUGAAGUUUGUCAUCGGUCUUCUUGGAGGCGGUAAGAAAAGACGAGUUGAUAUUCUUCGCAACUUUGAAGGUGUUGUUGAGCAGGGAGAGCUGUUGCUUGUGCUGGGACCUCCUGGAUCUGGCUGCUCGACGCUCCUCAAGACUAUCGCUGGAGAAACAGCAGGUCUCGAGGUAUCGCCAGACGCCUACAUGAAUUUCCGAGGCAUCGACGAAAACCACAUUCGCUCUUCCUUCAGAGGAGACGUCCUCUACAACGCCGAGAUAGACUGCCAUCUCGCCCAUCUCACAGUCGGCGAGACCCUCUCCUUCGCCGCCAGCGCACACUCCCUGCGCCACGUCCCAGGGGGCGUCACGCGCUCCGAAGCCGACACCAUGAUGCGCGAUGUCAUGAUGGCCAUCUUCGGCAUUAGCCACACUGUUGACACACGCGUGGGUGACGAUUUCAUUAGAGGUGUAAGUGGUGGAGAGCGCAAGCGCGUGAGUAUCGCCGAGGCUGCUCUUACGGGAGCAAAGCUUCAGUGCUGGGAUAACACGACCCGUGGACUGGAUAGUGGAAACGCCAUUAAUUUCUGUCGGAAUCUGCGUCUUCAGGCUGAUCUUGUUGGUGUCGCGGCGGCUGUGGCUAUUUACCAAGCCCCACAGUCAGCUUACGAGUUGUUUGAUCGCGUUACUGUUCUUUACGAAGGCCAUCAGAUCUUCUUCGGGAGAAUCCAUGAGGCUAAGCACUACUUUGAGAGCCUCGGUUUUGAGUGUCCCGAUCGCCAAACCACGCCUGACUUCCUCACAUCCAUGACAAGUCCACAGGAACGACGAGUCAAGCCUGGUUACGAACGUACCGCCCCUCGAACCCCCGAGGAAUUCACAGAGCGAUGGCAAGCCAGCGAGCACCGCAAGCAACUCAUGCGAGAAAUCGCCUCAUACGAGGAGAACCACCCUCGCGCCGAGCGUCUAGCCGAGUACAAGACGUCUCGCCGGGCAGAGCAGUUCAAGAACCAGCGGUCCAACUCCCCGUACACCAUCUCGUUUCUGGCACAGAUCAAACUUACGCUGUGGAGAGGAUGGCGACGACUUCUUGCGGAUCCGGGAUUCACUAUUGCGUCGCUCAUUUUCAACUUGAUUAUGGCGCUGGUGCUGGGGAGUAUGUUCUUUAAUCUGAAGGAUGACUCGUCUAGUUUUUACUAUCGCGGUGGACUGAUCUUCUUUGCUUUGCUUUUUAACGCCUUUGCAAGUCAACUCGAGGUACUCACUGUCUACGCCGAACGUCCUGUGAUCGAAAAGCACAACCGCUAUGCCUUUUAUCAUCAAUCCGCCCAGGCCAUAUCCAGCUACAUCAUCGACCUCCCCUACAAGACCGUCAACAUGAUCAUCUUCAAUCUCCUGAUCUACUUCAUGGCUCAUCUCCGUCGCGAAGCUGGAAACUUCUUCUUCUUCUGCCUCACAUCCUUCCUCACCACACUCGUCAUGUCAUGCAUUUACCGCACACUGGCCUGCGUCACGCGAACAACCCACCAAGCCAUGAUUCCUGUAUCAAUCCUGAGUCUCGGAAUGAUGAUCUAUACUGGUUUUACCAUGCCUACGGAUUACAUGCUUGGGUGGUCACGCUGGAUGAACUACAUCAAUCCUCUCGCGUAUGCUUUUGAAGCGUUGAUGGCUAACGAGUUUCAUAACCGACAGUUUCCUUGCGCGACUAUGGUUCCCCAAGGUCCUGGCUACGAGAACCUUCCUGCUGAUUCACACGUCUGCUCUGUUGUUGGUGCCAUGCCCGGAUCACCUAUGGUGGAUGGCGAUAGGUUCAUUAACGAGUCAUACAAAUACUACAACGAGAAUAAAUGGCGAAACGUCGGCAUUCUCUUUGCGUUCCUUGUCGGUUUCUUAAUCUUCUACAUGUUCGUCGCAGAGCAUGCAAAGCCACCUAGGAGCAGAGGCGAAGUUCUCGUGUUUCGCAAGGGACGAAUGCCACCGACUUUCGAAAAGACUCAAGACGGCGAUGCUGAAGCUCAAGCAACUGAUCGACCCGUUGUUGCUGAGAAGGGUACGAAUCAUGCUACCGGUGGACUCGCUGCAGGCGCAUCUGUAUUCCACUGGGAGGAUCUCUGCUACGACAUCCAGAUCAAGGGCAAAGAUCGGCGUCUGCUGGAUAACGUCGACGGAUGGGUCAAGCCUGGUCUAUCAACCGCAUUGAUGAAGGGUGUAUCUGGCGCUGGUAAAACAACCCUCCUCGACGUCCUCGCCACACGAGUCACCAUGGGCGUCGUCAGCGGAAACACCCACAUCGAUGGAAAAGCCACCGAUGCCUCAUUCCAACACCGUGUUGGCUACGUGCAGCAGCAAGACCUUCACCUUAACACCAUGACCGUCCGCGAGGCCCUCGAGUUCAGUGCUCUUCUUCGCCAGUCCGCCGAGAUUCCUCGACAGGACAAGCUGGACUACGUCGAGCAGGUAAUCGACAUGCUUGAUAUGCAGGAGUUCUCCGAUGCUAUUAUCGGCGUACCCGGCGAGGGACUCAACGUCGAGCAGCGGAAGCGUUUGACUAUUGGUGUUGAGCUUGCGGCGCGUCCUCAGUUGCUUGUUUUUCUGGAUGAGCCGACUUCAGGACUUGAUUCGCAGACUUCGUGGGCCAUUUGCGAUCUUAUCGAGAAGCUCACGGCGAGUGGCCAAGCUGUGCUUUGUACGAUCCACCAGCCUUCAGCAAUGCUAUUUCAGCGCUUCGAUAGACUUCUCUUGCUCGCUCCAGGAGGCAAGACAGUUUACUUCGGCGGUAAGACCACCUUCCCACAUCCUCCAUUCCCAGCUAACGGUUCAGAUCUCGGCAAUCAAUCACAGACACUUCUCAAGUAUUUCGAACGAAACGGCGCUCCUCCUUGUCCCCCUGACGCAAACCCCGCCGAGUACAUGCUCGACAUCAUCCAGCCGUCCAACGACGAGGAAGUGGAGAACAUCAACUGGCACGCGGUGUGGAGGAGCUCUCCUGAGUUUAGGGAUGUCAAGCAGGAGCUCCAACGCCUCAACUCCCUUUCCUCCAGUCUUCCAACGGAUAUCGAGGAUGGAGAUGCUUCGCAGCAUCAGGAGUUUGUGGCUCCGUUCAUGACGCAGUUCCGUGAGGUCUUGAUUCGCACUUGGAAGCAUUUCUGGCGUUCGCCUGCGUAUACUUGGUCCAAGACUGUUUUAAUUGUCUUGUCGUCGCUCUACAUAGGUUUCACAUUCGAGGCAAAGAACACCAUCCAAGGUCUGCAAAACCAGCUCUAUGCUAUUUUCAUGUACUUGGUUCUGUUCCAGGGCAUCAACGACCAGAUCAUGCCCAUGUUUGUCCCCCAGCGCUCUCUGUACGAAAUUCGUGAGCGACCAUCCAAGAUCUACCGCUGGAACACCUACAUCAUCUCCAACAUCCUCGUCGAAGCAGUCUGGAACACCUUGAUGGCCGUCAUUAUCUACUUCUGCUGGUACUAUCCCGUUGGCUUCGUUCAGAACACUACGGCCGACGAUCAGCAUAUUCGAGGCUUCCUCGUCUUUCUCUACCUAUGGAUGUUCAUGCUUUUCACUAGCACGUUUUCCCACUUUGCUAUCGUCUGUAUUGGCACAGCUGAAGAGGCUGGUGUUCUUGCGAAUCUUCUUUGGCUUCUAUGCAUUGCUUUCUGCGGCGUCGGCGUCACCUUUAGCGACAUCCCUACCUUUUGGACAUUCAUGUAUUACGUCUCCCCAGGUACAUACAUCGUGGGCGGGGUAAUGUCCGCAGCUGUAUACGGAUCUAAAGUCGUAUGCGCCGACAACGAGAUCCUACAGAUGAUGGUCCCUGGCAAUCUGACCUGUGGCGACUUCAUGGGACCGUUCGUUGAUGCCGCUGGAGGUUACCUUGUUGACCGCUCCUCUACUGAUACGUGCCAAUAUUGUUCGCUCGCUUCGACGGAGGAGUUUCUGGCAAGGUUUAAUAUUGACUACGCUGAUCGGUGGUGGCAUUUUGGACUCCUGUGGGUGUAUGUGAUUGCGAAUGUUGCUGGUGCGUUGGGUCUGUAUUGGCUGUUUAGAGUGCCAAGGGGUAGUGGUGUGAAGAGGGCCUAA